AGCCUAGAGCUUCGCGGUGAAGCGAAUGGCCGCACCGAUCUCGAGAUAAGAGUCGGUUGUUAUACGGACAGCUACGUCGAGUUGGUGUGUCGCGAGAGGGCGAGAGGGUGGUCCAGGGGUGACUCGGUCUCGCCUCGAUUGCGAGCUCGGGGAAGAAGCAUCGGGCAGCCCGGAAGUAUGUCAUGAGCCUGCGCGACAAGAAGAGCAGCGAACCGUCGACGCCCGCAGCCGCGAACGCCAAUCUCGAGAGGUUCGGGUCGAGCUCGUUCGGAGUCCUCGCACUCGAUGUCUCCGGCUUCGGACCGAGCUGCUGCUCGACGCCCGCGGGGGCCCGGGCUGCUGGUGAUGGCCUCGGAAAGACCGAGAAGCCGCGCUGGGUGUCGCGUCGCGCUGACAGCGAGUGCGAGUUCUGGGACGACUAUGGUGUCGUGGAGUUUCUCGAGCUCGGGCUCGCAGGCCCGGACGGCAGUACCUCCGAGGAGAGAGUCCAGGCGAUGCGCGAGGCUCUCGCAGACACGGACAUACUCGAGGCCGAGGGUGAGCUCACAGAUUUUCUCUUCCACGUGGCACGCACGAAGCAUGGCAAGGUCUACGUCAGGGUCGUCAGGACGCUGCUGCUUAACCGAGUUCUAUGCAGUGACCGUGUAAGCCAAAUGACCAAGACUUAUAAUGAUAUCGAAGCAGUGACAAGGCUUCUGGAGGAGAAAGAGAAGGAUUUGGAACUUACCGCACGAAUCGGCAAGGAGCUUUUGUCCCAUAAUCAAAAGCUUGAAACGACGGUCCAGGAGCUCGAGAAUGAACUGAAGGUAGCGAACGAGAAGAUAACGCAAUUGUCUUAUGAGGUUAGCAAGAAAACUGAACUGAUACAGGUGCUAACGAACGAUGUGGACGAAUCGGGCGGAUCCGAGGCCGGUACACCCACCGGCUUCAGAGGCAUCAACCUCGAUGUCAUGCAAAAGAAAAUAAGUUCACUAGAGGAUGAAAACAAACAGUUGAGAAAUGAGUUUUCGAAGCUCGCGCACGAAGCUGACAAUUGUGAGGAGCAGGAGGCACGUUUAGUUAAGGAUAUUACUAAUCAAUUAGCCAACGCCAAUAUGGAAGUUUAUGGAAUAGCAGAGGAGCUCGAUAGGCAGAAAGAGGAGAAUCGGCUUCAGCACGAGCAAAUUAUCAACUUAACAGCAAAACUAUCGGAAACCGAACUAAGGUUAGCUCAAUUGAUGUCUGAACACGAUGACGUUAGUACUAACUUGGUGAUUACGAAGGAAAAUCAAAAUGCUUUAGCCGAUGAAUUGGCCAAAUUCAAGGAUCGAUACUCCGAGGUUGUCAAUAUGCUAGCAGAAACGCAAGAACAACUCAGAGAUCAACGUAAACGAUCGAUGCCAGUAGCUCGUGGUGGAGCACUUUUCCCAUCUUUAGCCGCAGCUCCGCAACCGGAUUCCAUUGCUUUAGAAUUAGAAUCCUCGCUUUAUUCGGAAUUGAGUUUAGAUUCGGGAAUAAUUUCUGAUCGAAUACCUUCGUUUAAAAAGGUAUUCAGUACUAUAAAAAACGCAUCGAGAAACUCGACAAAUAGCAAUGCCGAUGGAAUGCAGUUCCCGCGAAUAGGUUCCAUGACUACAUCAACUAUAUCAAGCAGUUCCUUAGGACCACGUAUGAGUUCAACUUUGCAAGGACGAUCGAAGAAUGCUCGUUCGACCUUCCCUAGUCUCGAUUCUACAGGUCACAGUGAUAGCGAGGGUUCUCUUCUCACUGAUUCGGAAGAUUACCCUGCGCCCCAGCAAGUCGGUGUCCCGGGCAUACCCGGAGCGGCAGAUCUCGAAGCAGCUCUACGACGUUUGACUCCCGCCGAAGUAUCGGCUCGACGUGCCUGUUUGAGUUCCGGGGCAGGAUAUAAUUACGAUUACGACACGGGCAUUCACACACCACCGAAUUUCAUACCGUUUGGCUGCCGAACGCCCGAUAGUAUAAUGUCAACUGGUAGUAGCGGCAACUUCAGUGGGUUCAGCGGCAACAGCUCGACAAGUUGGCGACUGCCUGAGAAAUUGCAGAUUAUUAAGCCGAUGGAGGGCUCGCAAACUCUGCACCAUUGGUCAAAGCUUGCCACGCCAACAUUAGGCGGCUUGCUGGAAGACCGACCCGGUGUAAAAAUCCGUGGCGGUCGGGCCCUCGAAGAUCUUGGCCUGGAGAUCUUUACCCUAACCGAUGUUGAAGAGGACGAGGAGUAUCUUAAUCCGGGGAAACUCUUUCAAGAUACUGGCUCGAUCUAUACCUACACCAACAGCACGGUAAUGCAUCCUGACGAUCACACGAUCAUCACCUCGAGCCUCGUCUCGAGUCGCGUGCCCAGCGAACCUAACAGCGGUCUGAAUACAAGCGUUAACUCGGGCGUCACCACGCCACACACUCUCAGUCGUCGUAACUCAACGUCGACUUUCUCGACGACCCUCGGUCUCGCCAAAAUGUUGAACGAGCGUGGCAUCAAGGCGGUCACCGCCUCCUGCGUCUCCACGCCAAACGGCGAUAAGAACUUCACCCCGACAAUGACGCCGUGCAACAGCCCCGACGGGAGCCCCGGACACUCGAGAUCCGCUUCCCCGGAGCCGUCGACCUCCUCCAUAUCAUUUGGCCUAUUGUACAGUGGUGCUGAAUUCUUGAAGCGCACUUUCAGCGGCGACACGCCGCAGAAUACGCCUCGACAGACGGAGGCAAUUAGGAAGAGCAGACGCGACAAUGCUAAGCAGCAGAGUAACGAAGGUAAGGGAAAAGAGAUCGAAAAGCAAGACUGGAUGAACAUGGACAGUAUAACGAGCUCGAGUUUAGGCAUGUCGCAAUUGGCUCUUCAAGGGACGUUUUACUCUUGGCGGAAGAGCCCGAUUGCACAGUUCGCCUACCUCAAGAAUUCAAUGUCGAGGAAAGUUGAAUAUGAGGGGAACUCUAGUGAUUCUAGCUACGUCGCCUCGACAGUGAGCGACGACUCGCAAUCUGGUGUCUCGUCCGUCAGUGGGAAGAGCGAGAGGUGCCAGACCGAGGAUACCGACAAUUUUGCGUCUACGCAAAUAUUGUCAACGAAGUUCCGGCACAGCGGUGGUGCGAGGUCCGUGACGAGGCCGGACCUCGGGCAAGUGAAGCAACAGUGUCAAAGUACCGGAGGUCCUGGAUCCGGAGGCAGCUCGAUACCGCCAAUAGUUACGAAGGAAUCGAUGGCACAGUCGACACUCGGAACUAUAAGUUCGCUCCUAUUUGGCCGAAAGGGUGGCCUAUUAUAAGGUGCUCGCGCACAUACCAAUGAGACGACAAAAUCUUGGUUACUGUGAUUUAAUACAAUUGAGAGGAACGUAUGAUUAUGCAUUUUGCAAUUAAUCGAUGAUGAGUGAUGAAUGUAGGAUUAACCAAUUAAUUGAUGCUGUACUUACGAAGAAACGUAAAAAUGACCGUAGGAUGUGUAAAAUGUUUUAAUGAACCAAUCAUUGUUAAUUAUUGCUAAGUAAUUGUUGAAUUAACGGUAGCAUUGUAAAUUUAGCAGUUGUUUUCAGACUGGAUACUGUUUAAUUUCUAAUUCAGUAUAAACUUCAAUUAGAUAUGUUAAUAUUGUAAUGAUAUUAUUCACGCUUGUCAUUUGCGAGAUUUUUUUGGUAAAUACAGCAAAUUCUUGUUGACGUUUAUCUUAUAUCAUCUGGUAUAUUAUACUAAAGGUGUGAUAUAAAAAUAAAUGAAUUUUAAGGAUAACUAAUUCGCGGAGACGAAAACACUUGUAUUGUUUUCAAUUUUAUUUUCUUAUCAAGGAUAAAUUUUCUUCGCUUUUAAGUUGACGUAAAACUUCUGCAGUCUAAUAGUUGUAUAAUUACAUAAGUGAAAUAAGCAAAAUGUUAGAGAAAGAAAGACAAGAUAAAACUUUU